AUGGAACACGAUGACACCAGCGACUCCCAGGACAAGUUUGAUAAUCAUAAAGAUGAUAACUUUUCAUCUUCAGUAGGAUACAAGAGAAAGUCAUAUUAUAGAGUACAAAGAGAUGAAAUAACUCGUUAUUCAAAAAAUCAAGUCAGUAAUGUCUCAAACUCUAUUUAUACCGUGAGAAACCGAAGAAAAUUUGAAAUUACAGAUGAUAAAAAUGACAAUAUCAGCAACACCCAGAUAAAGGAUAAUUAUGAAAAAAGUGACUUUUCUUCUUCUGGGUGUGUUAAUAAGAAGAAAGAGCCCAAGUUUUAUGGGGGACAAAUAGACGAAAUCACUCGAUAUCCGAAAAAUAAAAAUAGUCAAAAUCUACCUAUGUACGAAGGCAACCGAAAGAAAUUAGACAAUAUGUUUGACUCCUCCUUGGAUGAGAAUGAUGAUUAUGAAGAACAAAUAGAUGAAACCACUCGAUAUCUGAAAAAUAAAUAUUGUCAAAAUCUACCUAUGUACGUAGGUAACCGAAGGAAAUUAGGCAAUAUGAACGACUCCUCCCAGGAUGAGAAUGAUGAUUAUGAAGAACAAAUAGAUGAAACCUCCCGAUAUCAGAAAAAUAAUAAUAGUCAAAAUCUACCUAUGCAUAACGGUAACAAAAAGAAUUUGGAUAACACAAGUGAUUCCUCCCAGGAUGAUUAUGAUGAACAAGCAGAUGAAACUACUAGAUAUCCAAUUAAUCAAAAUAACAAAAAUAAGUCUAUGCAUGGAGGUAACCGAAAAAAACUAGGCAAUAUGAACGACUCCUCCCAGGAUGAGAAUGAUGACCAUGAAGAACAAAUAGAUGAAACCACUCGAUAUCCGAAAAAUAGAAAUAGUCAAAAUCUACCUAUGCACGGAGGUAACCGAAAAAAAUUAGGCAAUAUGAACGACUCCUCCCAGGAUGGGAAUGAUGAUUAUGAAGAACAAAUAGAUGAAACAGCUAGAUAUCCAAAAAAUAAAAAUAACCAAAAUCAGUCUAAGCAUAGAGAUUACCGCAGGAAAUUAGACAAUAUGGGUGGUUCUUCCCAGGAUGAGAAUGAUGAUUAUGAAGUACAAAUAGAUGAAAUCACUCGAUAUCUGAAAAAUAAAAAUAGUCAAAAUCUACCUAUGUACGCAGGUAACCAAAGGAAAUUAGACAAUAUGAACGACUCCUCCCAGGAUGAGAAUGAUGAUUAUGAAGAACAAAUUGAUGAAACUACUAGAUAUCCAAAAGAUAAAAACAAUCAAAAUCUGUCUAUGCAUGGAGGUAACCAAAAGAAGUUAGAUAACAAUAGUGACUCCUCCCAAGAUGAGAAUGAUGAAUAUAAAGAGAGUGACUUUUUAUCUUCAGGUCAUGCUAAUAAGAAAAAAGAACGGGAGCUUUAUUAUGAAGAACAAAUAGAUGAGACCACUAGAUAUUCAAAAAAUAAAAAUAAUCAAAAUCUAUUUAUACAAAGCGAUAAUCGAAGGAAAUUAGAUGAUAACAAUGUUUGCGAUUCCCAAAAUAGUCAAAAUUUAACUAGAGAUAAUAGAGAUAAUUAUAGCGGUAAUAGUCAAGGAAAAAAUCGGAAACCAAAUAAUAGUAGUUCCAUAUGGCCUAACUUGACUACCAUGCCUGGCAUGAUUAAUAGAUGGAUGCCUGGUAGUAGCAAAGACGAAGAUGAGAUCAAAGUUAUUUUCCAUGUUCAUUUUCCGGAAGGUAUUGAUAAAGUUGGAAACCCUGUAGUUCUUGGUAAUGUAAAAGAAUUAGGAUCUUGGAAAAGUCCUAUUGUAAAACUUAGUCCACAAAAUCGAACAUAUUGGCGAUCCAGUCCAGUUAUUAUAUCAUUAUCUUCUGUAAGAGGCGAAAUUCAAUAUAAAUAUGCUAUUCACACACCAAAACCUGUUUUUCGCGGAAAAGAAAAAAUUGAAUUUGAAGGGGUUAAUUACGGAGACAAUCGCAUAUUAAAUAUUAAGAGAAAUGACCAAUUUGAUAUUUUCAAAAGCAAUCAUCAAUUACCUCGUUUAUCUUAUAUACACGACUUUGCAUUUGUGGAUUACAUUUAUAAUUCUAUAAAUGCUGACAACCUUAAAGCUAAAGUUAUGGAAUACCAACACUUAUUAACUCUUCACAAUGAUUAUACAAACCGUGCGUCAAAUCUCGAUUUCAUUGCCGAUCGCAUUGAUGUAGAAAACAAAGAUAAACGACUUUUCUUAUGUUUUCUCUUAGGACAUUAUACUUCAAGAAGACGAGGUUCACUUUAUGAAUUACAGAAUAAAUUUCAAUCUGGUUUGUUGCUUGAUGCACUUGAAGACUAUAAACAAGAUACUUUACCUUCAAACAUCAAAAAUCAGAUGUCUAGUGCCAUUAUAAUUUUAAUUCAGCAUAAUGCUUUUCAGAUGCAAUUUGAUUGGCUCAUUAUUUUUACAAUUGCAUCUGAAGUUGACCCUAAUUUUUCUUUCAUUGACCAUUUAAAAUCUUUAAAAUAUUCUAAUGACAAAUUAGUAAAAUUUAUUCAAGGAAUUGAAAUUAUCAAAUCUUAUAUUGAUGGCAUUGAACCUGAAUUCUAUAUUAAGGUUGCGAAGUGGUUAAUUCAAUUGUGUCACAAUUUGGAUCAUCUUUUUGUACUUUGGAAUGAUAUUCUCUUACAUAGCAGCGAACUUGACAAAAGUAUUUUUAAGUACUUUAUUGAACAAAUUCGAGAAAGUAUCUCUUGUGAUGAUGCUGUUGCUUUAGAAAAUAAUUUUAAAAGACUCAAAAGAGAUUAUCGUCAAGAUGUAUCUGAAGUUUUCCGGUCUCGUACAUUAUUUUUACUUGAAGGUUCAAACAGAGAUUGGACAAAUGAAAAUAUCACUGCUAUUAACAACCUUCUUCAUGAGGAUAACCUAAACUGGGGCAGAGAGGAAGUUAUUCGAUCAUUAGAUUUAACAUCUCAGUCAAAUACCUUGGAAUUAUUAAAUAUAUUUCCUGUAAUUUUAGAUAAUUGGUUUCGUAAUAAUUUUUCCGACACUAAAGAAAAAAAGAUACCAAAAAUAUGCAUGACUUGGUUUAAAAAUCUUUUAAACAAACUUGACACGGGUACAAGCACAAGAAAUAGAAAAGAAAACAACAUUGUGUUUUCAGUAUUUUUACAUUUAGAACGCUUAUACCCAUUGCUUGGUAAUCGAAAAAAUGUUUGGCAAAGUUUAACAACUACUGCUAUUGAUAGAGUUAGAGUAUGCUCGGAAUCUCAAAUAUUUGGCGCGACAAAGUUUAUAGUACAGAUAAAAGAACAAGAUAUUAGAACGUUAUUUUUAGAUUUGAUAAACGAAAUGCUGAAUAAGGCCGUACAACAAAUUGAUGAUCAACUAAUAAAUAAAAUUUAUACAAUAUGCAAUUGCAAAGGAAAGACUUUGGAAGUCCCAAACACAGUGAGCGAAGAAAUUUUGUAUCAUAUCAUUACUAGAUUACAAAACCAAUCAUCCGCAUCUGAUCCUUCGGAACAUCAUUUAAAUAUUCUAAGAGCAAGUCAAUUUUGGAGCAUUAUAUUACGUUCUACUGGAAAUGUUACAAAACUUCAUUCAAAUCCAUUUGUUCAACGUGUUAAAAAGUCUAUCAAUGACCUUGGCGGAUUACUCCGUGAAAAGAAGAUUGAUAUACAAUUGUUACAACAACUCUUAGAGUUUUCUGAUGAAAUAUUAUUUCGACACUUCGAUGCAGCUGUUUCUAAAAAGAAAGCCAUAGUUGAUGUGAUUGUAUCUCGAGAUGAAAUUGCAGAACUUAGAAAGCUUUGUGGCAACUUUCAACUUCAACUUGAUAUACUUUUCAAGUUUUAUAACGAAUUUUGUCCAAUUUCUCAAGUAACAGAUGUGGAUGAUUACAUUCAAGACGUAAAGAAACAUAUGGCCAGUUCAAAUAAAGUGACGUUGAGAGAAGUGUUAUCACCAGAUUAUUGGGCGUUCCAUGAAAAAACUUUGAUCAUUUCAAGACGUUGCUACAAAUAUAUUCAAUCUCGAUCUUUUCGAAAUAUUUUUGAAGAUUGUAUCAAGAAAGACACUGCCGCAACAAAUGUAGACUACAUAGCGCAAAAAUUAAUACCAGCUGUUUUUAAAGAAUACGAUACUUACUGUGAACAAUUUAAGAAAUGGGAAAAACUCGAAGUUUCAUAUGCAUCUUUGUUCUGGCAUAAUGUUACAGAUAUUAAUAUGGAACUUGAUUUAAUGGGUUAUAAAGGCUAUAAGAACCAAGAGUUUCUACAAACCAUUAACCAUCUUUCAAAAAUUCCUCAUUGGAUUAACCGACUUGAGGAGUUAGACACAGUUGUAAAGCUUUUUAAAAUAGCACAAGAUGAUUGGUUAAUUAAAUCACUUAAAUUUUUAAGUGACGGACAUUUGAAACUCAAUCAAAUAAAUGGGUUUUUCAAUUAUCUUAAUGAAAAUAUUUCCAAUGUUGAUCAAGAAUGUUGGAAGUUGAUAAAAGAGCUAUCAAAUGCUGAUGGUUUUAUAAGUUUUUUAGAAGAAAUUGCCGAACACGAUAUUAAAGAUUUGAUAAAUGAUGAGGAUGACCAUUCGGAUGAAAGAUUGGUUCAAGAGGAUACAGUUUCAUCACUUAUUCAAGUCAAGCAAAUUUUAUUGCCAUUUAUGAAUAAGAAUAAAAAAGAUGAUAUCGCUAGUUUUUUAGCUUCACUAUCAAAUAUUAUAAAAAAGAAUCCUACUUUAGAGGAGAAGAUUGCAUUAUGUAACGGUUGUCAUAUAGCGUUACGAAAUAUAUAUAAGAACAUUCCAGAUCGUGGCGAAGUAACUAAGGAAAAAAUCAAAAAUGCCGUACUUAAUGGGAGUUAUACUUUUGGAAGUGAUGAAAAAGAUGACAAGUGUUUUGUUUUAUUAAAUUAUACCUCUAGAACUUCUAAAUCAAAGGUGUUGAUGACAUAUAAUAUGAAUGAAAUUUUGGAUUUACGUGAACGAGCCAGCCUUUUAAUUGCAAAACGGCCAAAACCUAAGAUAAGCGUCAACAAUAAAGAUGAGGAAAUUUCUAAAAAAAAUAUUUUGGAUGAAUUUACUGUCCAAGUCGAUAUUGCGCAAGAAAUUAUCAAAGUAGUAUCCGUGUUAAUGCAAUUGGGACAUUUUGAUUACAAAAUGUUCGAAUAUGAAUUAAUGGGAACAGAUAAAAUGAAAGAUUAUUUAAAAUUCUUAAAGAAUGAGCUCAAAAACUGGCAAACAAUAGUUGAUCACGCACAAGAACAGUGUUAUUAUUUAACAUUCUUCCCUGCUCGUCAUAUUUUAGCAUUCUAUGAUUAUUUCACAUCGGAAAAACCAGAUAAAGAAAAUGAAGAAGAAUGUAAAACAUUGGUUAGAUUUGUGAACAACAAAGCUAAAUUACCAUCUCGUAAGGAUAUUCAAGGAAUUUCACGUGGAUCUAAAGAUUAUCGCAAGAUUCUAUGCGAGAUUGGAAAUGAAUUAGAAAAAAUUUUUAAAAGUAUUCCAAAACAAUCACGCGGCGGACUUAAAGCUGCUGAGGUUUCCGGACAACGCACAACGCUGAAUAUUAUUAAAAAGGGUAAAUUAUUUAUUGCUGCUUGUGCUGACAAAACAAGAGUUCCAAACAUUAUUAUGUCAUUAUAUGUCAAUAAUGGGAAUUAUCCAGAACCGUGGCAACUCUUAAUAUGUACUACUUCAACUACUAUGGAGGAAUUGACUAUCUUCAUAAAAAGAAGUUUCUUUGCAUCAAACAAUGGAUAUGAAAAUCACUUAUUUUGUAUUGCAAAUUUAGAAUUAUUAGACUUUGAACUACAAUAUUAUUUAGUUAAUCAAAUUAGAUCAAUGCGAGAUCAAAAAGAUUUUCUUCUAGCGCUUAUUUGUUACAGAGAAAAUGGAAUUCAACAUUACAUUUUGGAUCAAUUUUCUUCAGAUGUCGUUGAAACCAACGGAUUAAAUAAUGAAUCUAUGAGAGGAAUUUAUAAGGAAUUGUGUAAGAAUGUUAUAUGUAUUUCUUCCGACUUAUCGGGACAAGGCAAAACUGAAUGGAUUAAAGAAGUUAGUUUCAAUAAAAAGAGAUUCCCACGUAGCUUUUUAAUAAGCGAUGAUAUGGAAUUUGGCAGACUUGUACGUCAAUUUAAAGAAUGUAAACUCCAACCAAUAGAAAGUUUACAUAUCAAUAUAGUAUCAUCUAACUUUCCUAGAGACGUCAAUAUGUUUUUAUUUGAAUUAUUAACUUUGGGUAUAGUCUCUACUAAUGUUAAUAUAGCUUACCUACCUCUUUCAGAAACACCUAUAUAUAUAUUUAUCGAAAUAGCUUCAACUACUGAACAAUAUUUACUUAAUUCUCUUCCUAUGGCAGGAUAUUUAUUGUCCAAACAUUUAACUUGGGAUAUUGAAAGUUUGAAGAUCUCUCAAGAAAUUACUAGUCCAAUUCAGAUUACUUGUAAUUAUUUGAAUUUAUUAGAUUUUGAUGAGAUAGAUGCAAAAGAAAUCCUUUUCCGGACAGAUAAUGCAAUUAAAGAACCGUUACCAGUGGAACGUUGUCAAAACCUUAUUAAGAAAUAUUUUUUUAACGAAAACAACAAAGAUAUUUCCUCAUUUAGAUUUGUUGAAAUAUUUGUUAAUGUUCUAGCAGAUCAAUUAGUUCGAUUUUCAUCAAGUUUAUUCUUUACAGUAGAUAAUCUGAGAUUAAUGGUAAAAGAAACUACUAAUAUUAGAAAACUUAUAUUAAAAACAUUAAUGGAUGGUUCAAAAGAUUUUGCAACUAGAUCUAUCAAAACAAGAGAGGCACAGUUGGAAUCUACAAAUGCUGAAGAUGAAAACGCUCGUCUUGGUACAAUUGUUCAAUGGGACGACUCAAAUCAUCUUUUAGUAUUUUUCAAUUCUCAAACUCCCGAUACAAUAUCUGCCUUAUAUCGUGACAGAACUAAAGUUCACGAAAAUGUUAAGACUUUAUUAAAAAGUCAAGUAAUUGGAGAUAUAACAAAAUGGGAGUUAGAUGAUUAUAAUUCGAUGUCUACAGAUGCUCUAUUUAUGAAAUUGGAAUAUUUAGCGCGAAAAUCGACGGAAAAAUUAAAUAUUCCUGAAUACGCUUUAUCUGGUGAUAACCUAAUAAAGAUGGCCUUAAUUCUUUUAAGAGCACGUGCGAAUAUUCCAGUUAUAGUUUGUGGUGAAGCAGGCUGUGGCAAGACAAGUUUAAUUGCCUACUUGGCUUUGAUGGUUGAAGUUCAAUUCCAGUCUCUUAACCUUCAUGCCGGAAUUGAUGAAAAAACUAUUAUGAUGUUUAUGAACGAUUCUUUAGAGAAAGCAGAAAAAGGCGAGAUUUGGCUAUUCUUUGAUGAGAUCAAUACUUGCAAUUAUAUAGGUUUACUAGCUGAUUUAAUAUCUCAUCGAGUGCUUAAUGGAAAACUAAUACACCCAAAUAUUCGUUUGUUCUCCGCCUGUAAUCCAUACCGCCUUCGUAUAAAAUCCCAAAGUGAGGCUGGUUUAACAAAUAGGGUUAAAAAAUUUGAAGAACGAAGCAACCUUGUUUAUCAAGUCAAACCACUUCCUGAUCAAAUUUUAGAUUAUGUUUGGGACUAUGGUAUUUUAAAAUCAAAAGAUGAACGUAGAUAUAUUCAAAUUAUGGUAGAAAAAGAACUGAAAAAUUUAGCACAUCCCGUAUUUGCGGAACUUUUAUUUGCUUCUCAAAAUUUUAUUCGAAAAGUUGAAGAACCAUAUAAUGUGAGUCUACGUGAUGUCAAGCGAGCUAUAAGAUUGGUGGUAUUCUUUUAUAAAUCUCUUCAAAAUCGUCCUGCUUACAGAAAUGGACAUGUAUAUCCACCACCUGGAAAUCCAACCAUAUUGACUAGAUCUUAUGUUCUAGCACUUAGUAUUUGUUAUCAUUCUCGAUUAUAUGAACAAGAUUUACGUAGACAAUAUCGUUAUGAAAUGGGACAAAUAUUACACAAUCACAAAGCAUUUGUAGGAGAAAAUAUGAUUGCUAAAAUUAUUCGUGAAGAACAGGAGGAUUAUAUUAAGAGGAUGCGAUGUCCACCUAAUACAGCAUAUAACGAAGCUUUAUUAGAAAAUGUUUUAGUUAUGAUCGUAUGCAUCUUGACAAGAAUCCCUCUGUUCCUUAUAGGAGCACCAGGCUCUUCAAAAUCUUUAUCAAUUCGUCUUAUAAGCUCAAAUUUACGUGGAACCGAUUCAUAUGAUAAAUAUUUUAGGGAAUUACCACAGAUUAAUUUAAUUCCACAUCAAGGUUCUUCAUCUUCAACUUCUGAUGGUAUUAUCAAAGUUUUUGAUAAAGCGAAUAGGUUUCAGGAAACAACUUCCACUCAAUUUCCUGUUAUUAGUGUUGUUUUACUUGAUGAAGUUGGUUUGGCUGAAACAAGUCCUUACAAUCCAUUAAAUGUGCUUCACUCUUUGCUUGAACCAAGUUAUCCAGCCACAGGGCCAACUGUUUCAGUGAUAGGAAUAUCUAAUUGGCGCUUAGAUAACAGUAAAAGUAGUCGUGCACUGCUUGUUCAGAGACCACAAUUUGAUUUGGAUGAUUUAGUUGAUACAGCUGAACAUUUAUUAAAAAAAAGAGUUAUGAGAUCUCAAAGGGUGGCUUUAAGACCUUUUGCUAAAGCAUAUUUGAAUUAUGAAAAACAUGGACAAUCUUUGCCUAAUUUCCACGGUCUUCGUGAUUAUUAUGCGUUGAUUAAGCGACUUUCAUUAUGUGAAAUGACUCCAGAGAAUAUUCAAAUAGCAUUAGCUCAUAAUUUUGGAGGAACAGAGAAUCAUGUCAAAUUAUGUGAAAAGUAUUUUGGAUAUGUUCUAAAGAUAUUUAAUAAUUAUAGGCCAUGGUUAUAUAAACAAAUUCCAAUUGAACAAUUAAUCGCCUCAAAUUUAGAUGAUUCUGAUGCACGUCAUUUAAUGGUUAUCGGUAAAAGUGAUUCAAUUGUAAAUUUAUUGACUUAUCAGUUAAGAAUGAGAGACUUGGAUCCUGUUGUUAUUUUAGGAUCUCAAUUUCCCGAUGAUCGUGAUGAUUAUUAUUAUAAUGUUUUGAGGAGAAUCAUGAUGUGCGUUGAAACUGGUAGACCAUUGAUUCUAACAGACUUGGAAAUAAUUUAUGGGAGUCUUUAUAAUUUAUGGAAUCAAAAUUAUAUCGCUGUGGGAAGUGAAGAUAAUGUCAAAUACUUUACAAGAGUUGCACUUGGAGCAUAUGCUAAUCCUAUGCUUUACGUUUCUCCGAAUUUUAAAUGUAUUCUUGCCAUGGAUGAGAAGAAUAUGGCUUCAGCUGAUCCUUCACUUCUUAAUAGGUUUGAAAAGCAAAAACUGUCAAUAAAUGACACUCUUAAUGAUAAACAAAAAUUACUUGUUGAAAAUUUAGGUGAUUGGGCAAGAAAAAUGUCAACUUUGAUUGGAGUUAAUCCAAUAACUCAAUUACGUAAUAAAUUCACCCAGAAGAAUCUAUUCAUUGGAUUUGAUGAUGAAACCUUACAAAGUUUAAUUAUUGACAUCACAAAGAAUAAUCCAGAAGCAGAUAAUGAUGAAAUUUUAGAAAAAUGCAAGGAAUGUUUAAUUGCAACAGCAUCCUUUGACGGAGUUGUAAGAGCCGAACAAUCAGCUUUAGAAAGAGACGAAGUUGAUCGAUGGAAGCAGGUUUAUUUCCGAAAACAGCAUCACAAUAGUCUUUAUGAUUAUUUUGCUAAUCAAAAAGAUGCGUUAUCAGAUCCUAAUGGACAUUUAGUGAUUAUAAAUACAUUUUCUAAUAUCAAUACGGAUGUUAAAUCUUGUUUACAAGAACUUGCAAGUUGUCAAGUAGAUAAAUUGUCGAUUUUCAAAACUGAAGCUCAGCUUUCAAAUCGGGUAAAACACUUCUGGUCAGAAUCAACCGAUCAAAUGUUAAUUCUUCAAUGUGAUUUAACUACCGUUAAUACUGGAUGUAUUAAACUAGCCAAAUUCAUUAUUGAACAAUUUCGAAAUGAAUAUAUAUCAAAGAGAGAUCAAAUGGAGCGGGAAAUGCCUACGAAGCAUGCAUGUAUCAUUCUUCAUAUUCAUCGAGAUCAGGAAUCCACUUUUACAUCUUUUAAUUUCAUGUGCGGUUGGAAACAAAUGACUAUUGAAACAUUAUCAGGAAGUGUCGUUCCUACAUCAGGUCUCCUAGAUGGAUCUUUAACUCGUAUUGUUAAUUCUACUUAUCCAUUCGAGAAAAUUUUACAACAAGAACUCUUAUGGUGUUUAUCUUGUAUGAAAUAUCCAUCGAACGACAAGUCAAUCAAUCAUAUAAAGAUAUUGAACGAAAAAAUUCUAAAGUAUCCAAGUUUUAUUAAAUGUUUGAAAAAAAGAACUUUUGAAUGGAUUGAGGAAAAAUCUACAAGUAACUGGCAAUAUAAAAUCGCAUCAAAUAAACAAGAUUUGUACCCAUAUCCUUCAUUUUCUGCAGCACUACAGGCUCACGUUAGAAUACUGCUUAGGAAACCGAUAACUCAAAUUUUAUGUGCCUUAGAAAGAUUAUCGGCAAUAAAAACAUUUUUCUAUGUUUCGGAUCAAACGAAGUCAAAAAAAGGGAACUAUGAAAAGUUACUUAAAUUUUGGAAACAAAUUUAUAUGGAUAACAAAAUUAUCAAAAUUGAUGAUAUACCAAAUCCAAAACCUGAUGGAUAUAAUAUGCUGGCAGGAAGUUUACUCGAUCUUGAAUUUCCUUUUUCAUUUUAUUAUAUGAAACAAAUUGAUAGUUUUAAAAGACAUUAUGAAGAAGAAAUAACAAUAUUACAAAAGGAUAAUGGCAAAAUUGAUGCCAAAACCAAUGAACUUUGCGAUUAUGUGAUUGAGGAUCAUUUAAAAGAUUUCAAAAAUAAGCUUUUUAUGUCAAUUCCGCAAUUAAAAAAUUCACCUCUUGAAUGGGAAUGGGCUUCCGAAUUAUAUUUUAAUGAUUUUGUAACCGUUAUUGUGUCAAAAGAUGGUGAGACAAAGAAUAAAAAAAUGUUAACAAUAAUUUUAAGAUUACUCAUCGGUACCGAUAAAGUGCGUCAACCAAUUUUCCUUCACUCAUAUUGGUGGAGGAAUGCUAACGAAGUUUUAGCUCUAUUACAAUUAGCUCAAAUGUCUCCCAUAAUAAUUAAAAAUAUUGAAAUUCAAGGAAAUGCUAUUAUUAGAGGAAGUUUAGAAAAAUAUCUAGUUAAAGAAGUGACAAAACUAAUGUUACAGCGUAUUUGUGGAAAUUUUGAAGGCGCAGAAAAUGCUCAUUUGAUCGAUAAAUGGCAGCAUGAUGUUACAAAAGUAUUAUAUCUCGUUAAUAAAAUAAUUAGAGCAAAGAAUUUACCAGAUCUUCAGUUGUUACGUAUUGUAAACGAUCUAGUUGCAGCAAAGACCAUUCCUUUAGAUAGCAUUAAAGAAAUUGUUCAACUUGGAUUAAGUUUAGACGAGCAAGAAGUUCUCUCCGAGAAAUUUAUCAACACUGUAUUUGAUAAGCUAGAUAAACUAGAACAAAAUGAAAAAAAUAUAAUUCCAAAAAGAUCAUUUAUCAUGAGAUGCCUUGCAUUGAUUCCUAUCGAAUCAGAUGUUCUACUAAGUUUUUAUAAAAAAUUAUUCUCGAAUGAACCUUUUCCAUUAAUGGGCGCAAUCAUUGAAAGGAUAUUUAUUAAAGAAGACGUAGAAAAUGAGGACAUAUUCUUUACGAUACUUACAGAUUUCGAAGAAGCUGUAAGACAAUCUUCUCGGUUAAAUCUUAUUAAUAAAUGUUUAGGAGAUUUAAAUACAAACAUGGCUACUUUAUGUUGUGAUACCAUUGAACAAAGCUUCUUCAUGAAUGAGAAAUUGGAAAAUUUAGCAGCUUUUUUUGGACCAGCUCUCGAAAUUUUAUAUAAACAAAGAAGGCCAUCAUUACAAAAAAUAACUUCUAUUGCGUUGCUUAAAGAAUUCGUUCGCCGAUUCUGGGAUAGCUUUCUUCAGAAGAAUAAAAAUAGUCCUAUUGUAUAUAACAAAGCGGGAGGAUACAAUUUUAAUAGCAACGAAUUAAUUAAUCAGAUUAACAAUACUAUGACUUUAUCUUAUCCUUUGAUUCAUUCUCUUAAAAUUUACUUUUUAAGAGAUUUACGUCGAAGAGGGUUUUCGAUUGAUGAUAUUAGACGAUUUUGCGAGGCUCAAAAGAAUAUUUUGCCGUGGUUUAGAACUCUCGAUUGGGGGGAUGUCAAAGGAAAUAGAUUGCCUUUUAAUCCAUAUUGUAAUAUACCCGAAUAUAAUGAAGCAGAAGACAGUUUUAUGACCUUCUAUAAUUUAGGAAAUAAAGCACCUUUCCAAACAUUUGUACAAAAAAUGAAACAAAAUAUGACCUCAACAGCAAAAUUAUCUUUAAUGGGACUCUUAUUUGUACGUCUUCAUGCUUUAAGGGCUUCAAGAGAAUGGCGACAUUCAGAUGUGCAUUCAGCUGAUUUCUUAACCAAAGAACUUGCUGGAAUGAACUUAUCGAAUUCAUUUAAAAGGAUUGCAACAAAUAUCUUGUCGAAUAACCAACCUUUACUUCGAAUUUACAAUUCAAGAAUUGAUAAUACCGAGUUGAUUUUAAAAUCUGUUAUUGCACAUAUUAUCGCUUAUCAUGCGUCGCUUGAACCGAAUUCAUCUCCACUUGCAAUGUAUUUACACAAUCUACAAAAUUGUCAGAACUCGUUUAUAUUAACAUGUUUUUGUGACCAGCAAUCUGCGGAUUUUAAUUUAAUGUUGAACGCCAUGAAGGGUUCAAGUUUUUAUUCCUGUAUUUGCGGUUACAGAUACUUCGUUGGAGAAUGUGGCAGACCUACGGCUACUGGUAGUUGCCCGAAUUGUGGAAAAACGAUCGGUGGAAUUAAACAUCAACCAGUAGCUGGAAACAAUAGAACUCAAAUUCAACCUCUUGCGAUAAAUUAUAAAGCAGGAUACAUUGGUGAACUAGUCAAUCAAAAUAUGAAUGUUAUCGUCAGAAGUCUACGACCUGUAGCAUAUCGUAUUUUGCAUUUAAUUGUUCAUGCUCUUAUUGGAGCAUCUGAACCUCCAACUGCCCUUGCUUUCCUUCGAAAAAAUAAUCAAACUGCUACUGAUUCUGAAACAUAUUGUAUUAACCAUAUUCGAAAUGAUUGGGAAAUUCUGAAGAAACUUCUUUAUUGCUCAGAUGAUAAUUUGGCGUUAAUAUUCCAUUCUCUAAUUUCCUUAAUGAUGGAAAGACCUCCCAUUCCGAAUCAAACGACAUAUCCUGAACGCAUAAACUGGGAGACAUCAUUUCAAGAUAAAUAUGUUACACCUCUAACUACGAAUAUAACGGCGACGGCAACUAAUUAUCGUAUGAAGUUAAACGAAGCUCUAACAAAAAAUAAAAAAAAUAACAUAAUUGAAUGUGAAAUUAAUCAGACUUUAGUUAUGGAUAAACAAUAUCGAAGUGAGAAUUUACCAAAUUUAUGGAGAACGAUUGGAAUAAUUAAUUUCGAUAGUUUUCGUGCUUAUUAUAUGAGCGAUUUGACAAGGAUCAACGACUAUCCAUUUCUCUCUGUAUUUUUCAAACAUUCUAAACAAAUAGAAUUACUCAAAUAUCUUUUACCUAUCAUAAAAUUUGUUCAAAUUUUGAAUGCCAAACUUGGAUAUCAAUUAUUAAGACAAACGGCAAAAAAUAUGAAUUUUAGACAAUUUAUAGAAAAGGAAUCCAAUGAUGGUAGAAAUGAAGAAAUUUUCAAUAAUUUGAAUACCGCUUUUAAUGAUUUUAAACUUGGUUGGAAUACAGUAAUACCUUUUGUAAAUCGAUAUCAAUGUCAUGAACUUCCCAAUGAAAAACCAGUCAUGGGUUAUAAUCUUCCAGUUAUUUUUGGUUUAGUGGAACCGAGAGAUGCAGGAAUUUUCUUAUGCGCUAUUUUAGAUUAUUUGGUUGACUUGCAAAACCAGUUCCUACAAGAAGUUAUAUUAAUUCCACCUGGAACUUGUAAAUCUCUCAAGUUUUUAGAUGAAAUUACAUUUGAUAUCGAACUAGCAAUUUUGAAAACAGAACCAGUUAUACCCAAUGGAUAUUGCCUUCAAUCUCUACGCCUUGAUCAUGUUCGUUCUGGAAAUAUUAUAAAUUUUGCUUGGAAUGAUGAGAUUCUUGCAUAUAGUCAAAGAAAUUUAGCAAUUGCAAGAGGAGAAGAUAUUAUAUAUGAUCUGACAAAGAUUGAAACGGAAUUGGCAAAUAUUCUAGUUUUCGAGAAAGUUUAUAUAGAAACUCUACCAGAUUCACAAUUAUAUCUUGAAACUUUCCCGUAUCACAUGGAGCUAUUUCAAGGAUGUAUGAGAAUUCUUAGUGAUAUUAAGAACUUAAUAACCCAAGAGCCUAUCCCAAUCGAAAAAAUGAAUUCAUUAGGCUUUUCUAAAAAUUCCCGUUUAGAAUACGCUUCAAAAUCAACUAUAGGUAACUCGUCAGAAAUUUUGUCAUCAUUGGAAAUACUUCUAUGUUUCGUCAAGCGUACAGCAGUUGGAAAUGGCGACAGAUCCAUUAAGGAAUUUGUUUUACAAUGGAUGAAACUAUCAUCAUUAUAUGAACAUAGAGAAUUCUCUAAAAUUUUAGACAUUGAUUUAAGACUUAAACAUUUGGUGUCCUUAUAUGAGCUCGUCGAAGAACAAGUUGCCGAUGUUAAAAUUAAAUAUAUUCAUGAAAAAUAUCAGGAAAAACUUUCAACGGAUAUGGAGGUUGCAAUAACGGAAUCUAUAGGUUUUGAGCAGAAAACUACAACGAAAAAAGUUAUACAAGCAGAAACAUUCGCAUUAGCUUUAAAACGAUUCAUGUUACGAUUUUUAACUUUAGAGAAUCAAAAAGAAACGGAUCCAUUAAAAAUUUAUUUACAAGAUGGUUCAUUAAAUUUUUGGCCUUCAACAGUUCCAGAGGAACUUGUUGAUGAAUUGUUUCCAGAAAAUUUAUUGGUAGCUAAUACAUAUAAUGCUUAUACAUUCACAAUGAAAAAGAUUGAGCAAACGAUGAAAAAACAAGUAUAUGUCGCUAAAAAUAGAAUCAAUGAUCUAACAAACCUAAACCAAACGGAACCUACAGAUAGUAUAAAUACGUCAAGAAGACCAAGAAAUGGCCGACUUAAAUUUGAUGCGAUGUAG